GGUGGAGGAGCUGGGCUCCACUAGUGGACCAUGGUCCAGGCAGGGGCUCCGGGUCCAGCGCGGCUGGGAGGAGAAGGCGUCACUUCCGGGGGCCUUUGCCAGUGUCCAGUGGCUCCCUGCUCUCUGAUUGGGCAGAAGUGGCCAGAGCAGGCGUGUGACCCCACUGCCGUGGAGAGGCUGUGCCCCAACGCCACAAGUCUUCCUACCCAUCGGCUCCCCAGAGCACUGCCUGCUGUGCACCUGGGUCCUUGAGCCCUUCUCCACCUGCAUAGAUUCCAGACCCUCUCUGCUGGCCUACCUGUGCCCCGCCCCACUCAGCCCCCAAGUGCGAGAGCUCCAGCCGGCUCCAUGGCCCCAGGAAGGACUCAGGGGAGAGGCCCCACUCAGGGAGCCACUCCAGCCAGACCCGCUGGCCAGAAUGGUGCUGACUGAGUUGCUCCUCGUGGUCAUGCUUCUGCUAACUGCAAGACUAACUCUGUCCAGCCCAGCUCCUCCUGCCUGUGACCCCCGACUCCUAAAUAAACUGCUUCGUGACGCCCAUGUCCUCCACGGCAGACUGAGCCAGUGCCCAGACGUUAACCCUUUAUCCACACCUGUCCUGCUGCCUGCUGUAGACUUUAGCUUGGGAGAAUGGAAGACCCAGACGGAGCAGACCAAGGCCCAGGACAUUCUGGGAGCAGCGACCCUUCUGCUGGAGGCAGUGAUGGCAGCUCGGCGACAGCUGGAACCCACCUGCCUCUCCUCCCUGCUGGGACAGCUUUCGGGGCAGGUCCGCCUCCUCCUUGGGGCCCUGCAGGGCCUACUUGGAACCCAGCUUCCUCCACAGAGCAGGACCACAGCACACAAGGAUCCCAGUGCCAUCUUCAUGAGCUUCCAGCAGCUGCUCCGAGGAAAGGUGCGCUUCCUGCUGCUCGUAGCAGGGCCCACGCUGUGUGUCAGGCGGGCCCCACCCACUGCCGCUGUCCCAGGCAGCACCCCUCUAUUCCUCACACCAAACAAGCUCCCAAACAGGACUUCCGGAUCGCUGGAGACCAGCUCCAGGGUCACAGCCAGAACUACUGGCGCUGGACUUCUGAACAGGCUGCGGGGACUCAGGGCCAAGAUUCCUGGUCUGCUAAACCAAACCCUGGACCGAGUCCCUGGACACCCGAACAGGACACACGGACCCCUGGGUGGAACUCACGGACUCUCUCCUGGGCCCUCAGCCAGCACCCUGGGAGCCUCGGUCAUUCCCCCAGAGACUUCGGACGCAGGUUCCUUGCCACCCAGCUUCCAGCUGGGAUUCUCUCCUUCCCCAACCCAUCCUCCUCCUCCAUGGUACACACUCUUCUCUCCUGCCCCAGCCUCACCCAGCCACCUGGUCCAGCUCCAGCCCCUGCGUCCUGACCAUCCGGCUACCACAGCCAACCCUGGCAGUCCUGUGCCGGCUGCAGCCCACCCUCAGAAUCUGGUGCCGGGAGGGUGAGGUGCUCAGCUGGUGACGUGGCCCAUUCCCUCCCCAGGAGAGAGGCCGGGCCGCAUGCCCGCUUUCGCCUGAAACCCAAAGCCCUGGUAACGAGGGACACACGGCGCAAACCAUUUUUCACUGUAUGUUAUAAAAUUUCAGAAGCUCCUAUUUUUUUAAGCUAUCAACAAUAUUCAUCAGAGCAGCCAGUACCUUUGGUCUGUUUUCUGCACACGUUUGCGCCUCACCAAAGCUCUAUGUGCUUUUCCACACGGCAGUUCUGGAAAGGCCUGAACUGGCUCGGCCUUUGGACAGAGGUGCAGACUGACCCUAUGUCAGAAGAAAGAGAAAGGUAUUUCCUUGGCUUCAAGACGAAGGCCCUCUGGUGCCCCCUCCCCUUCAUUAGCAUCCUCAGGAGAUUGUUUAAGCCUCUGUUCUGGAGAUCCUUACUCUUCAGGGACCAAAAGGCUGUCCCCAUGCAGCAGACAAAACCGAGCGUGUAAAGAGCACCCAAAAGCUAACUAGAAGGCAAGGAGAGAGGCUGCUCUCAUACACGCACUCACAGGAAGCCCGGGGAGCCUCACACCCCAGGUAGGCAGUGCUGUAGACAGUUCCUUAAAGAGGAGCCUUGGAUGUGACAGCUGAGCAAACAGCUACAGCUUCAGCAACUCAGCGGGAGGCUUCGCCAGGCCUGGGCUCCUGCCUCCCUCCUGUGGAGGUCAGGGGGAAAUGCAGGAAGUGGCAGGAGUCAGGCUCCUAGCCGCUCACACAGCAGGAGGGACAAGUGCAAGUACAAGCUCAUUUCCCAAUUCCCGCCAGUACUUCUAGGAGGCAGCCCUGUGUGACCACUGUAAACUCUGAGGGGAGGCUACAAAGGCCUCUGGGGCUGUGCGAGUGAGUGCUGCCCUGGUGCUCAGCAGGACGAGGCUUACGUUGCACAAAGACUCCACUGCAAACGUCAACCUGCUACCUGCACAGGCCAUGAAAACUGGUGGCGCCUCUUUCCCUCCCCCCCACAAAGGAAAGGAGGAGAGGCUCCUCUGUAGAGAGAGAAGGCAGGGAGCCAGAGUUCCAAACCCUGCUUCAAAUAACCCCAGCGUCACCAAAGGUAUUAAAACUGGAUGGAGAGCCAAUGUGCCAGGAAUCUCGAGUCCAUCACCUAUUAUAUGCUCCCACAACUCUGUACGGCGGGUAUUAUCACCUCUGUUUUGCAGAUGAGAAAACUGAGGCUCAGAGAAGCUAGGUGAAUUCCCAGUGGUCCCACAGCCUGUGAGCAGGGAAAGAAGAAUCAGCCUGGUCUGACUCACUCUGCACGCCACUCUCCCCAGUGCGGUGCUGUCCAAGGCAUCACUCAGUACUUCCACGUACUGCGGAGGACUUCCCAGUCCUUAGGGAGUAAAUACAUCAACAGUUGAGAGCUUCUGAGUACAAAGCCGAAGCUCUUGGAGGGGGUGACCACUUUAGACAUCUCCAGGUGUCCCCCUCACCCCUCAGGGACAGAACGGUUACCAUGGAGAAGGAAUCAACAAAUGCACAAAGUUCAAACAUGUUGUCUAAAUCUCAGACCGUGUCGGUUUCUGCAGGGGAGAGAAUUAGUUCAUCUGUGCCACAAAUUCCAGGAUACAGUCAAGGGAAUGGUAAGUGAAAACUGAAAUUUACUGAGACACUGAAGUAGGCUAAAUGUGGCACAUGACAAAGCCAGCAUCCAGGACAAGACAUGCCAAAGGGACAAAAGAAUUCUGUUUUCAGCACAAAUGAGAUAAGGCUGGGGAAGAAGCAAGUGCAGCAAGUUCCGGGUAUCUGAUCUGAUACUGGCAUCUGACUGAAGGAAUGUCAGAAGGCGAACACCAGAUUUUCCAGUGCAAACUAAUCUAAUCUGCCUCUACUCAGACUCUCACCCAUCCCCAAAUCACUGUUUGACUGAUUCUGUCCCCUUUCCCUGUCACACACACACACACACACACACAUCACAACAGAAUACCUGUCCUUCUUCAACUUCACACAAGUUCCCUCUUCCCCCCAGGGUAGCCAGGACACUCUAUGAUAGCCUCCAAACCACUACUGGCAAUUCAGUUUUCCCACUCUGACCUAAAGCCAUCCUUCUCCAAUCCCCCACAAAAACCUGACUUCAUGGAAAGGCUCUAGAAUUCCAUGGAGACACACCCCGACCCCCAAUGCAUCUCCUAUUCUCCACCCACCGCAAGGUAAAAACAGCACCCCUUGUCCGCCUCCCUGCUGAGGCCAUCCAUUUUCAACCCAUUUCCCUAAAUACUAUUGCUAACACCUCAUGUAAAGACCUGAAAAUGAUGGGGAAGGAACUGUCCUAGGCGUCCCAGCAGGGGACAAACCCAGGUGACAAAACCAGGAGAUCAAGAGACCACUGCUGCAUACACAGACGAUCUUUCUGGAUUGUUACCCUGAAUUUCCAGGGCAAAAACCAAAUCCCAUGUCCUUUCUAGGGGGCCUCUAAUGACAAAGUGAAGAGCCAGCUCAUGUGCUGGAGUCCUUGUAGUCAGCACUAUUUCCUUCACGCUUUCUUCUCCCACUUGUAAGUUAGUGACUGAGGUCCAGCUACCACACUGUCCUGGGCAGCAGCACAGGACAGCCAGCGUCCUCAGUACUGCUGCUCUGUCCACCCCACUGGCCCGUGAGCCGCUCCCUGCUUGGCGUCACUGCCGAGAAUCACCAGCACUUACCCUCCUCCCAGCUCACGCUAGAACAGAGCAGGGAGCCAGCGCCUCCACCUGCUGCCAUAUCCGAGUCCUCUCUUUCUACUCUCAUCACAGUAGCUGCGCCCAUGCCUGUGUCUGAAAGCCCCAACCCAAAGCUUCCAUAAAAAUGACCAACACUUCCAAGCUACGCAGUGACUCAGCCACACCAAGGUGAGCUGACUUCCCAGGAGACUAGCAGUGAUGGAAGGAAAUGAGCAGGCCAUCUUGCCAACUGGAACCUCUAGGCCAAGUAGAUGGUAUCAUCCAGGCCUGGGGUACUCCUCUCAGGAGCCAAAGCACGACAGCCUCCCCCCAAGACAGAAAACCACACUGGAAGACAGAUGUUGGAACCAGUCAGCCCGAAGACUGAGAAAACCCUGAACCCAGACGCCAAAAGCUAGCUGGUGAAAAUU